AUGGCCGCGCACAUGGAGGCUUUUGAGAACGGCUACGGCUUAUUCCCGGCGCUGGAAGGCAGUGGCGAGGCUUGGUUGCAGGAACCUGAUCCGUUAGACUUCGAGGACCCAGGCGAGCCGCCGCACCACUCCUUCGAGAGCGGACACCGCUGGCGAGACGGCGACGCUUACGCCGUCGGCUUCCAGGACGCCAGGGACUGCUGGCGAGACACAGGGCUCCAAGCCGACCAGCUGGCAGUGAGCAGGAACAAGUCGAAUGGGGGUAUCGAUGUAGAUCUGCAGCAGCACAAGUGGAUCAAUCGGCAGGUUACCCAGAGUUCUGGCAACAUGCAGUGGCUCCUGCAGACAAUAAGCUACCACCUUAUCGACAUGAAUCCGAUCAAUUUGGCCACCGCCUUGCACCGCGUAACCAAGCUGGUAGUGUCGGAAAAGUCAGGAUACACCGUGGAGAGGUUGUUGAAGGAGCCUUGUUUCAAGCAGCUCUUCAGCACUGUCGCGCAGAAGAUUGAGACCUGUGCUGCAGUGGCGCCAGAAGGACAGCCACGGACGCCGCUCUUCGAUGUACACUGCAUGAGCAUCGUUUGUUGGUCGUGCGCUACGCUGAGACUCGCCGAGCAGCAGUUGCUAUGCACCAUCGCGGGCAUUGCACGGCCCAGGCUGUCGGAGUUCAAGUCGUUCGAGCUGUCCAACCUGAUUUGGGCAUAUGCUAAGCUGUCCUUUGGCUUGUGCGUUGGGUCCCAACUGUUCACUGCCGUUUCGAAGCACGUGAUGCAGCGCAAGACGGACGACUUUAGCCUGCAGUCGCUCUCCAUGGUGGUUUGGUCCUUCGCGACAGCCAAGCAGAAGCAAAUGUCCAUGUUUCAGAGCCUGGCGGUGGAGAUCCACUCGAAGGCGGCCGACGCGAAACCGCAGGAGAUCGCCAACAUCCUCUGGGCCUUCGCGAAGAGCCAGGCUGCGGAGGUUCCCCUGUUCAACCGUCUUGCGGACGCGGCACUGGCCGGCAACCUUCUCGGCACAUUCAAGCCACAGGAGCUCUCGAACACAAUUUGGGCAUUCGCGACGGUGGCUCUGCACCAUGCCCCGCUGUUCGCCAGCCUGGUGGAGGCCGUGAUGAGCGGGCGGGGGGUCCUCUCCCCGCAGAACACGGCCAACAUCCUGUGGGCCUACUCGAAGCUCGAGGUCGACGACGAGCAGACCUGGCAGAUGGUGUCGGAUCUGAUCGACCUGGCAAUGCAGAGGCUGGCCCAGCACAAGCCGCAGGAGAUCUCGGCCAUCAUCUGGGCGGCCUCCUGGUACUGCCCAGACAGGCGCCGCUUCUUCGAGGCGGCGGCCGCGAUCUGCGCCCACCGGCUCCACGCCUUCCCUCCCUCGGCGCUCGCCUACAUGCUCGAGGCCUACGCGAGCAUCGAGCAGGGCGCCCCAGCCUCUGCCUUCUCCAACGCCCUCGUGCGCCAGAGCCUCGGCAGGCUGCACCAGUUCGACCUCUCCGCGCUCACGCACCUCCUCGCCGGGCUGGCGCAGCUCGCCCAGAGCCCGCAGGGGAGCUCCCAGGCAGAGCGCUGGGCCGAGCACGUACCGUUCUCCGAGGCGCUCUGGACGGUUUGCGCCUGCAUCGCGGGCCGGACGGAGGACAUGCCAGUGAACGAGCUGGCGCUCCUGCGGCUGUCGCUGGAGCGCUGUGCGAGCCCAGGCCCGGCCGUGGAGGAGCUGCUGCGUGCCGUGGCGGCUGCGGAGCUGCGGCGCUCGCGGUUGCGGAGCGACCCAGCGUGCAACGCGAAGUGCUGGCCCGCGCAGCGCGCGACCUUCAGGGCCACCGCGCACAGCGGCGACACGCUGGGCGAGAUCCCUGCCUUGCGUCCGGCGGCCCCAUGGGGCCCGUCGCUGCCGUGGCCAGAGCCGCAGGGCGCCCAGGCCCAGGCUUCGCGGCCAGCCGCCCAGGGCGGCCUGCUCUGGGCCGCGGCCGUCACCGAGGAGGGCGGGGCCGGCGUCGACCUGACGCGGACGGCCGCGGCCACGGAGCGCCGGGAGUGGCGGAGCUCCGCGGCGGCUCGCGGCCCCGGCGCAGCUGCGCAGGGCCCGGCGGAGGCGGCGGGCACCCUGCAGCUCGCGCCGCCCCCCGACCAGGUCCCCGAGCCCUGCUGGCGAGGGGGGCCAAGCCAUUGGCGUAUACUUCAGCUGUAG